AUGGUGGACAUGAAUCAGCAUCGUCCUGCGUGUGCUGGCCAUGCAACUAAGCUGAGAAGGGUUUCUCGUUUCGCGAAUAGAGUGGAGAUCACCACAGCGAUAGCUGAGAUGGAAGCAGUCAUCGGUAACAGCGCAAUGCCGGAAAUUCCUAAUAAAGAGCAGAAUCAUAGAAGAUACAAGACCCUUGAGUGGCGUAUGGAUCACCACGACGAUUGGCAGGACUUCAUGGACUGCCUCCGACGGGGUGUGCCACUCGUUGUGAAGAACUCGAUGAAGGCAUUUCAGAGGCGCUACGACUUCCAAUACUUCGCACGCACUCUUGCAGGACAAACAAUCAAAGUCAUACACAUUCUCGACGGGCGAGAAGAGGAAAAAGAUGCGUACAAGUUCUUUAUGAGUAUCGAUCGCGGUGACCGAGAGUCAGAGGACUGGAAGAUAAAGGAUUUCCCCCCUCGGAAUGCCUUUAAAGGCUUCUUCGAAUCUCUAGCGCAAGAUCUUGAUCAAAACUGGGCCUUUCGAUCAUACAUCGCUAUCAACGGGGCCCUGAAUAUGAUGUCUCGCCAUCCCAACAACGAGGGCGUGGUCAAGGGCGAUGUCGGUCCCAAAAUCUAUAACUCGCCUGCAAUACCAGAAUUUUACGGGAAGGCAUCGACCGCGCUUCAUAUAGACAUGAUGGACGCCGUCAAUCUAAGCCUGUUCAGCGCGAAAUCUUCCCAGUCUUCGCCACAGGAUGGCGCCGCAAUCUGGCACAUAUUCCCGGCCAGCAGCUGCGAGCACAUUCCUACCUCAACACCAAAUACCAAAAUGAUCCAAAUAGGCCCCCGGGAGACCCUAUUCAUGGUCAAUGGGCAUAUCUUACCGAUGAUAUGCUAG